CCAACGAUGCAGGCGCCAUGGUGAUAAUUAGCAGUACUUGAGAUGAAUAAUUUGUUGCAAUUUAAAUGCGUCCUUAAACUACGUACACGAUUAAAAUUGCAGUGAGUAUAAAAAGAUCAUACACACGUAUAGUUGGCAGCAUUCAACGGUACGAUGGCUUGGUGGACAGCAAGGUUUGUUCUGAUGCUUGUCUCGGUCUUCAUCAAUUUACCAAGCUGCCAGGCCCUCUACGCCUCCUGCCCGCCUGGCUGGCUGAAAUGGCAGCAAUCUUGCUACAUUUUACUACCGGACAAGAUGAAUUGGUUUGAGGCCUCGGAGGCUUGUAACCGGCCGGGAAGCAGUCUGGCCGUGCCCAACUCGCGGGAAGAAAACGACUUCAUCUGGAAGUCAGUGAGGCCACAGACUGACGGUAUGUGGAUAGGCUGUACGGAUGCGGCCAAAGAGGGUAUCUGGCUGUGCGGAGGUCAACCUAUGACUUUCAGCAGUUGGAAUGGGCGAAAUCCGCACAACGACAACCAGCGUAACUGCGCCCGGAUGACUGCGUACGGUGGUGGGGGCUUAUGGUCCGACAGUGUUCCUUGCAGCAACCGCAAACCUGCAGCCUGUGAGAUGACGGUCUCUGCGAUGACAGCCUACCACACCUUCACCGGUCCUGAUGGGCGUGUCCCCCAGCUAUGCCUCCUCCAUCACGACAUCAAGAAUCGGACGGAAGCUGGCGUGCUUGCCUGUGGCUGGGCGUGCCGAGCCGAUCCCCGAUGCCGCUCCUUUAAUCUCUGGCAGAGCAACACCGAAAGAGAAAAGAUGUGUCAACUCAAUGAUGUCACUCGUCUUGUGGCUGAUGUCACCGACUAUAAGGCAAUCAACAACUGUUACUAUUUUGAACUGUAGAAAUAUUUCAACUGAAAGAUCACUUGCCGUCAGUGGUCGGACAAUAAUUAUUGUCUCAGAACUGCAAUGAAUCACAAUUCACAUCACUUGCCGUCAAUGCUCGAACAAUAAGACUUCUCUCUCAAUUACACCCCUUUUCGACUCGGAAGCAUUAUAGAAGGAACCGAGUCGAAGGAUUUUUAGCUUAAUCUAGAGAAUCACGGAUUAUCCCCGUCAUUGUACCUGCUCGUGUGCUCACUCACGAUCCGGCCCUCGGUUAAAGAUUUCUGUCAUCUCUACUAGACACACGAAACUGAUCUGUAUAUUAAACGGAAAUUAUAAUAAUAUUUCCGAAAAAAA